GAGAAACGUAGCUCCUGACUAUGCAAGAAGCGGCGUUAGGUAUGAUCGGAGCCACAGUAGGCGGAGACGCAGCCAUCGUGGCGGAGCAAAAUAGACAGAUGAAAGGAGAGAUAGCGACACAUCCCAUGUACGAGCAAUUAUUGGCCGCACAUGUGGCAUGUCUAAGAGUAGCGACUCCGAUCGAUCAGCUUCCGAUCAUUGAAGCUCAGCUUUCUCACUCUCACCAUCUUCUCCGAUCUUAUGCUUCAACAGCCGUAGGAUUCUCGCAUCAUGAUCGUCACGAGCUCGACAAUUUCUUGGCACAAUAUGUGAUGGUGCUGUGUAGCUUCAAAGAACAGCUGCAACAACACGUGAGGGUUCAUGCCGUCGAAGCUGUGAUGGCUUGCCGUGAAAUUGAGAACAACCUCCACUCUUUCACAGGAGCGACAUUAGGAGAAGGAUCUGGUGCGACGAUGUCCGAAGACGAGGAGGAUCUUCAUAUGGAUUUCUCAUCCGAUAAUUCCGGAGUUGAUUUUAGCGGUGGACACGACAUGACAGGGUUUGGUCCAUUGCUUCCGACUGAAUCGGAAAGAUCUCUUAUGGAAAGAGUCAGACAAGAACUUAAACUCGAACUCAAACAGGGUUUUAAAUCGAGAAUCGAAGAUGUAAGAGAAGAAAUAAUGAGGAAAAGAAGGGCUGGAAAAUUGCCUGGGGACACAACCACUGUAUUGAAAAAUUGGUGGCAGCAGCAUUGCAAGUGGCCUUACCCUACUGAAGAUGACAAAGCAAGACUGGUGGAGGAGACCGGAUUACAGUUGAAGCAAAUCAACAAUUGGUUCAUUAAUCAACGAAAGAGGAAUUGGCACAGCAACUCUCACUCCCUCACUUCCUUGAAGUCCAAGCGCAAACACUAAUCUCUUGUUAUUAGUAGUAUAUAAUUGCCACUACAUUUUCAUACUAAUUACAUUGCUUUACCAUGCUUGCAUGAUAUAUGCAGCUCAUGUUAUUUGGUAAUAACGAAGUGUGUUCAUUAAUAUCAUGUACUUACUUAGCUGAUUACAUCCCAACCACUACAAUUU